AUUUGUAUUAAUUCGUAUUUUCUAGAAAAAAAAUGGAUAAGCUACACAAGUUGGGUGAAAUAGAAGGCUCACCUCCAAUGAGAAAUUCUUGGAAAUUUAAUUAUCCGACAACAUCAUCAGAACCUUUAAAUGAGGAGAAAAAAUUAACCAACUGGAAAAGAUGGUUAUCGGACAGAAAAAAGCACUAUGAAUCCUAUAGAAAAAAAUUAGGAAGAAGCCAGGACGAACUGCUCCUAAACUCCGGUGAGAAAUUUCGAUCUUUAAUGGAAAUUAGAGAAUUAAUGGGAAAAGCUGGAGAGCCAAUGACUAUUGCCUACAUACAAAAAAAAGUCGAUCUUGGAUUUUGGAUAAGUCCAGAAGUACUUCCAGAUCGAGGAAAUCCUAACUUGCCAAAAGUUCAAGUUCCUCCAUUAAAAAAAUCGAAUGUCAUUCCAAAAAUGGAACAUGUUGCGACUCCAAAGAUAAUUUUUGAAGAAAAAGGUUUAUCAGUUCCAAAACAAAACCCAGAAUUGAGAAAUGAGUAUCUAAAAAAAAGGAUCAAGGAACUUUCUGAUAUUAUUUCAGUUAUAGAACCUAAUCCUCCAGAAAUAGAGAAUCUUUUUGUCAGGGGAAAAAAUGUGAGAAAAUAUUUAAAAAAAGCAAAAAGUGUUAGUCAAAAUAUUCCGAUAAUUACUGUAACAACUGCUGAGGAAACUGAAAUGGAGACAUCGGAAUGGUCAAUUAAUCCGGAUGCUAUGAUAGCAGCUUUGCGAAUAGAAAAUGAAGACAUUGUUAGGAGAUUGAAUCCAAAAUUUGGAUCUGAGAAUAAGGAGAAUGGUCCCUACAAUUGGGAUAUUAAGUUUAUUAGCAGAGGUUCUGAAUUAGUGGAAAAGAAGAUAUUUAUUGAAAAUAGGGGGAAUUUUAAAAUAACAUUUUACUGGCGACCUGUACUUCUGAGUUCUGAUUUAUUUCCAAGCCAGGAAACUAGUGCUUUCUUUUUUAAUAAAAACAAAGGGAUUAUCUUGCCAGGACAAAUUUUACAUUUUCCAAUCUGGUUCAAUUUAUCGCUACCUGGGGUAAGAACAGAAAAUUGGAAAUUGGAAACAGAUCCAAGACUGUCAUCCGAUGAUUUAUUAUUUCGAUUUUGGGGAUGCUGUACAGGAGAAGAUCAAGAAGAAAAUAGAAAAAAAAUAUAUGAUUGCCUCGAGAGGAGAAGUAGAGACAUAACAAUCAAAGCAAUCCUAGAAGAAAUAGCCCACGAUGCAUUAAUAUUUCAACCACCAGAUCCCCCUUACAAAACACUCUUCCUUGAGAGCGAAAUUUUCUCUACGAAAAAUGCAUCUUAUUUUUACCAUCCAAGAUUAGUAAAGGAAUUUCGUGAGAUUUUUAAAAGCAUCUCCAUCUCGGAUAAUGCAGAAUGGAAUUUAUCUAUAUUCGAUUUUAGAAAAAUUCUCCUGGGAAUUGAAGAUCCAGAAUUCCAACAAAUUGCACUGGCUCGCUUUGUGGAUCUUUGCAGAGCUUCCUUGGAACCGAGCUUGUAUAACUCGUCAAUAAUUCGGAAACACGAACAGGUUUUCGAUUUAUUAUGCUCGUUUGUUAAUCAAUUUGAAACUGAAAGCGAAUUCAUCAGGAAUAUUUGCUUUGGAUCUUGCGUAGUGGAAACUGGUUUAUCGAUAGUUCGAAGUCGUGAUCGAUCCAGGUCAAACAGUCCCUCGAGAAAUUCCUCUGGAGCUUUAACGCCUCAGAAGAAAAUAAAAUCGAAAAAAAAGAACCGAAGGAGUCUUUUAUCUACGCGUUCAAAAGAGGAAGAACAAAGGAUUCAAAAAUUUAUCAAAUUGAAACCUAGUCAUGUUAGCUUAUUCAGGGAAAUAUUUUAUUUGCGGAUUUAUGAAUUGUUCGGAGAGACGAUAAGUAAAGCGUGUGCAACUAUUGAUUCUUAUGUCAGGCUAAAUGAACCAGAAAAAUAGUUUCAUAAGUUAUUUAUUGAAAAGUACUAAACAAAUUGAAUUAUUAUUUAUUAAUAAUAAUUUGGAAAGUUUUAUGAGGUAAACAAUUUUAAACAAUUCGAAUAAUUUCUACAUGAAAUUUAACCCGCAGAUAAGUUCAUUCGGUUAAACUCUUCAUUAUUUUCAUUUUUACCUCACCUGACUUGUUACAGUUUACUUUUUUAGCUUUUUUUCAAACCAAAAUAUAUAAUUUGAAACCAACUGUAGCAGGGUUUAAAAGGUUUUAAACUUCAGACUACAUACUUUUUGUAUCUCACCCCCUCUUCCUCCUUAAUUUUAAAAGGAAGCU